AUGGCGGGUAACUCGAACAGAUUGUGCGACCAAAUACAAAGAUGGCUGCUGGAGGAUAAUGACGACGACAACAUUUCGAGCGAAAGUGAGGAAGGCGGAGAAUCCGCGGAACAAAGUGGCCCGCUUGGAUCUCCUCACCAUUCUGAUACGGAACAAGAUGGCGAGGAAGACGAGGACGAAGAUAAAGACGUGCAUCUAUCGACUUUGGCUUCCUAUCAGUCUCGUAAUGGUACAAAAUGGAGCAAGAUUGCACCGUCCACUUCAAGAACCAGAUCUCACAACAUUUUAGUCCGUCCACCAGGCCCAGUAGGUGUAGCAAAAGACGCUAAAACGGCUCUCCUAUCAUUCCUGCUGUUUUUUCACGCUGAUAUUUGGAACGUACUUGUUGAUUCAACAAAUAUUUAUAUUGAUAUCAUAAAAAGCAAAUACCAAAGAGACAGAGAUGCGUCUCAUACCGACGUGAUAGAAAUCAAGGCACUUUUUUGA